CAUUCGCACGCAGUGUACCAAAAACCAAUACCAAUAAUAAAAAUGUCACAUAGUUUUCAUGCUAUUCCAAAGCUUAUAAGAAGAACUACGUGUCACCCAAACACAACUAUAUCACAGAGCAAUUCUCCGAUCUGGUAAUUCGCCUAAUUGCUAGGAUUUCCGUUAAUCAGUUUUAAAAUAACCCCGCAUUUACCCCAAUAUUCGCAUUUCCAAUUUCCAGAUGGAGGUGGUUUUAGAUGAGAAGGAUGCAGGAGAAUGGAGUUACAGAGGAGAAGGAGCAGUUAACCUGGUUCUUGCUUAUAAUGGAACACGUCCGGAAUUUGUUGGAAAAGUAUUGCGGAUUCAGAAGGUACCAAGGAAUGUGUCUGAAAAUGGGAAUGGUUAUUCCGGUCUAACCAAGCAGGAAUGCCUCUUGUGGAAAGAAUAUAAUGAGAUUGUAUCAGCUCCUACAAGGGAAAUCGCUCAGCACUAUUUUGUGCAGCAUGUGAUGUGCCCGUUGUUAGGCUUUGGACAUGUUGAUGCUGGGAUUAGCAUUCAUGUGACCCGAGAGUUUCUGGAAACCGUUGAAAACAAUGUCCUUCAGCAACGUCCUUCUUCACGUGUUGAUGCUGCAAAGGUUAAUCCCCUAUGUGAUUCUGCAAUGCUCAUGUCCGAUCAUUCAGUUUUCCCUCUUGGUAUGUGUAAAGAGGCAUGCAGCAUAUCUGUAGAAAUUAAGCCUAAGUGUGGAUUCCUUCCGCAUUCAGAAUUUAUCGCAGAAGAUAACGCUAUUAAGAGGAGUGUAACUCGUUUUCAAAUGCAUCAGUCUCUAAAAUUGAAUGAAGAAAAGAUAUCAGAGGUAAGUGCAUAUGAUCCUCUGGAUUUAUUCUCUGGAUCCAGAGACAGAGUACGCAAGGCAAUAAACAACCUUUUUAGGACCCCACAGAAUAAUUUUCGCGUUUUCCUGGAUGGUUCUCUCAUAUUUGGGGGUUUGGGUGGUGGCGCAGACACUACCAGUUGUGAAGUUGGUGAAGCAUUUGAAAAUUCGCUCAAGUAUGUAAUUCAGGCACCAGAGGGCAUGCGGACACAAUAUUUUCUGGAGCUCAUUUCCAAGGCAGUGUGUAGUUCGGGGUUGCUAGAUCGACUUCUUGAAGUCCAGAAGUUAAACACAACUGACAUUGAAGGUGCAAUUCAUGCAUAUUAUAACGUUAUUUGUCAGCCUUGCAUGGUAUGUGAACAACUAGAUAAAGAUCAAUCAUCAAAGAAUAAUAAUUCUCUGCAUUCAAUCUCGAUGGAGGAAAGCUUGAAGAUUGUGAAGGACUACUUGAUAGCUGCAACUGCAAAGGACCUGAGUAUGAUAAUUAGUUUUAGACCUAGAGAAGAUGAUAAUGUGGAAUCCCCAUAUAGCAUUGUCUCCAUAGAAUCAACCAACCAAAGUUUUGACUACAAGGCAUCUUUCAUUGACCUAGACUUGAAACCUUUGGAAAGGAUGGAAUACUACUACAAGUUAGACCAACAGAUUGUCAGCUGCUAUGUUCAGAUGGUAAAAUCCAAUCAUCAACUCGACCACACUGGAAGCACUGUGGAAGCUUGACGAUGGGGAUAGUUUCUGAUGAAAUUGGUCCCUGCUCAAGACUAUAUCCAUAAGCAGAGAGAGAAAGGGUUGCAAAAUGAAGUGUAGGUAUCUAUUUCAUUCUUGAAGGAGAGGUAUAUUGAGCGCAGGAGAAAGAGACUAGUCAAGAUUUCCCUCCCCUACAAGGACAGUGAUAUAUCAACCGCAUAAGCACCUUCCCAUCCCACGACCACAUGACCUAUUUAUUCAUACAGCUGGUUUUUGGAUUAGUUUGGUGCAAAUUGCAAAUUGGCAUGUUCUGCGGCUUGGUGAGCCAACUGGUUUAGGUUCUAGCUUUGACACUAUCUCAGAUCUAUCGUUGAAUUUCUUUGUUUGUAUCAUUUCACCUUGGAGGUCAACCAUAGAGGUUGCUAACCCUUGCAUUGUACAGCAUUACAAUGCGCUUUACAUAGUGGAUGAGACGUGAUUCCCCGUAUUUAUGUUCGUUCUAAGGUCCAUGCUACUUUUGAUCGAACCUUGUUGAAGGAUGACAUAGAACAUGAAGAAAACUUUGCAGAAUAUAACCUAUAAACAUUUUACAGUUGCAUUAGUUUUCUGCUCUUCAUAAGAGUAGUUUGUCAUUUUUGACAGUUUUGAGAAUGAUGCAUGAAAUCUGAGGUGACUUGUAAUGUUUAAUGGUACCAUAUUUCCUCUUUCCUAAUCUACUUUAUUGCUAAGGAUGGACAUGGUCAUGGUACAUCUGUAGAUUAUUUUGGUCGAUAUCCUAUCGAAAUGUGACAUUGUCAUUAUAAGUGAUGCACAUGCUGUUGUAGAAGAAUUCUAUAGUGCUAUCCCAAUGAUGCUGGUUGUAUGGGGAUUGCUUAGUUCCAACUCUCAAAAAAG